AUGGUUUUCCUCAAGGCUCUCUGGCCAUCGCUACUGCUCGCCGGAACAGUCCAUGCCGCAAAAUGGACCAUCACCAGCGUGUUCGUCCAGACCGUCACUGAGUACACAUACACAGAUAGAUUCCCCGACAGUACGACAACCGUUACCUCCAAAUACACCAGAAACACUGGUGUUACUCUCAAGCCCUCUGUCACCAUUACUGCUACACCAAUUACCGCCACCACUUCGACGAGCAGUUACUAUUACUAUUACAACGGUCAAGAGGUACCCGGCGAUGGCUCUGACGAUGUUGUGUAUAUUAAGCGGUAUUACCCUUCCGGCGCAAUUGCCACAUCAGACCUGACCUCGUCGACCUAUCGGUACAACCAAAGGGACUAUACAAGCACCUAUUUCUUUCAGACAAUAGAAUACACUGCUCCGACCAGCUGCCCAACCCCAUUCACAGUCACAACGACCUCUCGGAUUUCAGUACCCUCGCAAGUGGUCGAUCAAGUCUCCAUUAGAACAGCCACAACUUCCGUCAGCUCGAAUGAGUAUGGUGGUAGCGACGGAUACACCUACACUUUCGUCUCAGCCUACCUAGCAAGCACAUCUCACCCCUCAGGCGCCGCGGCAACUCUCAACUACUACUAUCGCGAGUAUUUGACAAGUUGUAUAAAUCCAAACCCAAACCCAACCCGCACAUAUUCUCCAAGACCCACCAGCGGUGGCAGAUCCGGCUCCGACGGUGACGACAGCGAUAUUGAUGGAUUUCUCAAUGGGACGAGCACCUGCGCUUGGAGUAAUUGCAGCAACACCCCAUAUUGGGGAGUAUUCAUUGUCACAAUUCUCCCCGCGGUGUUUCUCCUUGGCUUUCUCGAAUCCUAUUUUUGGUUCACGUGCCUCAUGUCAGGCAAAGGCGCACUUCGAGUAGGCACAGUAUCAUGGAUCUUGCUGUGCCUUCCCACCAUCUUUUUGACGCGGCGAAUCCCUGCUCGUAGCCUCGAGGACCAAGAACGGCUUCGGGCUCAGUGGAUGGAGAAAUCUUUUGGGCAGCGCUUCUCCCUGUGGGCACACUGGGGCUUGCGCUAUCGAUAUCCCAUGGAGCUGCUUGGAGUUCAUCCAAAGUAUGCAUAUGGGAAUCCUGCCGAAGAUGAGAAAUUGGUCGACGACUGGUAUGGCGAAAAUGGUGACAACCCUCAAGUUCCCGCCACGUACAUGUACCAACAUGAGGCGCGACAAGUGUCAAUGGCACCGGCAUUAGCCCAGUCCCAGUCCCCGUCCCAGUCUCAGGCUCCGCAACUUCCCCCAAGAGUCCGAUUGUCGGGGCGCAGUACUAGAUCUGUGCCCUCAGAGACGCAUUCACAUCUUGCCUCUGUACCAGAAGAGUUGGUGUCAUCUUCUGGCCUGGGCAAGGGCAAGGGCAAGGAGGUACAACAGACGUCGAAUCCAGAGGUGCAAGUCAGCCAAAAUGAAACUGAAGUCGGACGAGCUCCUCGCAUCGAAGAUGAGGUGGACCAACAAACCGAACAAGUAACAACAAAGGAGGCUAAACCAGAGGACAAGGGCCAGGAAACUAAACCGUAA